GACGUCCUUCUCCAGUUCUCAACUCGAUAUAUUCAUUUUGGACCGAAAACUCCCGCGGCAAUCUCCACAAUGUAUUUGGCAACCCUUCUGGCUAUGGGGCUGCUGGCGUCUAGAGACGUCAUUGCGGCACCCGCACCUGUGACAGGUGAAAUAGGGGCGCCACUCGAGGCAAGGCAGUACAUUGGCACGCCAUAUGCGUACUACAACAAUUACAAAGAUGCCACCGGUAACGAGAAGCGGGAUCUGGAGGCCGGACCGAUCGAGGCUCUCGAGAAGCGGCAGUACAUUGGCGUGCCAUAUGCGUACUACAACAAUUACAAAGAUGCCGCCGGUGGCCAGGCUGCUGGUACUGCAUAGAAGCUCUGGCCUCCACAUGGGAGCUCGUAGCACGACUGUAGCUACGAUAACAUUGCUGCUCGCGCCACCACACCUGUUGCCAAACAUUAGCAAUUUCAGACUGCGAAGGAUAUGCCUGGGGGGUCGAUGUGGAGCUUUUGAUAAGCUACGAUGUAUGGUUUUUCUCUCGUGCUUUGGACACGAAUGCUCGGUGGAUUCUACGUGCGAUGCUCGCGUGCGAGCUGUGAUUUAGUGCGUGAGGCGGAACACACUCGCUAUAGCAUGCAAUGAUGCAGACCGAAUUCAUUCAUUCAUAUUUCUUACACCGAUA